ACACUUAUUAAUAAUUUGGAUGCGAUUAUUUUUAUGCAAUCAUUUUAGUUCUCUCAACCAGUACCUCAAUCAUCGCGUAUGUAGCAUGUACAGACCAUAUGCUAUGUCAAUAAUUAUCAUAUUGGCAGUAUCUGAAAUACCAACAUUCCAAAAUAUUUUGUGUGAAAUUGUGUGGAAGAAGUAGGAAUCUUCCCAACAUGGUGUUCUGCACUGUAUUGUGGCUAUCGUGGUUUACCACGAUUGUUGUGGGAGUCGUGAAGAGAUGAGAGAUGUCGGCGUCGAAGUACCGUGUUUUUUACAAUCUUUGUGAAUGUAAUACACCAAAAACUCAAGUUUUAAAUAUGGAACUGUAAAAUGGCAGGAAUGUUGCAUCCAACUGGUUCAUCCGUCGUUGUCGGGACAGACGGUAACCUGCCGUCCAGCUCUUUGCAUUAUCAUAGACAAAGGCGGCCAAGUGGAGAUAGUGACAGCACAUCAGGGGGUGAACCCUCAAAGGAGACCAGUGAUGAAUAUCAUUUUGAAGAGCAUUCACACCCCAAGGAGGUCCUGCGUGGAUUAAAUGAGUUAAGAAAAGAAAACCAUUUUUGUGAUGUAACUCUGUCUGUGGACAAUGUUAAGUUCCCUGCACACAGAAAUGUCUUGGCCUCUUUUAGUCCUUACUUCAAAGCAAUGUUCACCAGCAAAUUGGCAGAGUCUCGGCAAUCAGUUGUGGUGGUAAAUGGAGUAGAACCUGCUAUGAUGUCUUUAUUAUUGGAAUAUGCCUACACAAGUUCACUUACUAUAACAAGAGCAAAUGUUCAGUCUUUACUCUCUGCUGCAAAUUUACUGCAGAUCCUUCCAGUUCGUGAUGCUGCUUGCUCCUUUCUUGAGUGGCAUAUGGAUACAACAAAUUGCGUGGGCAUUCAUUGUUUUGCAGAAACUCAUGCGUGUACUGUGUUGCAAGAGAGGGCACGACAGUUCACACUACAGAACUUUUCAGAAGUGGGGAACGGGGAAGAGUUUUUGGGCCUUUCUCCUUCAAAAGUUGUGGAGUUCAUCAGCAGUGAUGAUCUGGUUGUAGAUAGAGAAGAAUCUGUAUUUCAAGUGGUGAUGAGAUGGUUUAUGCAUUCACCAGAGCCAAGAAAAAUUGAAUUUCACAGGGUUCUGGAACAUGUGCGUUUACCUCUAAUAAGCCCUUAUUUUUUACAUGAUUGUGUGGAGAGUAUGCCAAUUAUUAGACAGUCUCCUGAGUGCCGUCAUUUAGUAGAGGAAGCAAAAAUGUUUCAUCUUCUUCCUGAUAGGAGAACACAGAUUUCUACUCCUAGAACUAAGUUAAGAAAUAAUUCAUCUACUGUUACUGUAAUUGUUGCUGUUGGUGGUGAGGAUGAUAAAGUUGUUUUGAGGUCAGUGGAGUGCUAUGACCCUAUUACAAGGCACUGGCGAACUCUUGCAUGUUUACCAUUUGCUGUAAGCAAACAUGGUUUAGUGGCCUCAGGAAGUAAUAGGUUGUACUUGGCUGGAGGAGAAUUUCCUGAUGGAAGUGCAUCUCAUUCAAUGUGGAGAUAUGAUCCAGUUCUUAAUGUGUGGCAUGAAAUGGCUCCAAUGCUUAUUCCACGGUCAGAAUUGGGUUUAGCUAUGUUGGAUGGCUUUGUAUAUGCAGUGGGUGGUUGGGAAGGCACAUAUCGGCUAGAUAGCGUUGAACGAUAUGACCCUGAAACCAAUUCCUGGGAAUUGGUUCCACCCAUGAAGAUGGCAGUUACUAGCCCUGCUGUUGUUGCACAUGAUGGCAUGCUAUAUGUUACAGGUGGUGCUAUUCUGGAAGAUGGAGAUGGGAUUGAGCUAGUAGAAAGAUUUGAUCCAAGGACAAACACGUGGACACAUUUGGCGCCAAUGCUAAUUCCUCGAAGUGGUUCUGCAGCCUGUGUUCUUGACGGAUAUAUUUAUGUUGUGGGUGGAUGGCAUGCUUCAACAGAAAACACUAAUAAAGUAGAAAGAUAUGAUAUUCAAACUAAUACAUGGGAAUUCAGAGCUUCAAUGAUAGAAAGGAGAUACAGGCCAGGAAUAGCAGUUUUACAUGGAAGAAUUUUUGUUCUUGGUGGCGAAGAAGGAUGGGAUAGGUACCAUGACACAAUUGAAUGUUAUUUCCCUGAAACAGACUCUUGGCAGACCUUUGGUGACUUGCCUACUUCUAGAUCUUGGUUAAGUUGUGUUCCAUUACAGGUAAAUAAGAAUAUCCAAUGUGAUGAAUCUUGACGAAAGUCAUCAGAAAAUGUUUUACUAAACAGAGAACAAAACAAUCCAUGUCUUCUGAAGUUCUUAUGGACUCUUGUAUGAUAAAAUGUGAUAAGUCAUAAGAUAAAUGUGCAGAAGGUUGGAGUGUCAGAAAGUAAAAAAAUCUUACAUCUGUCAUUAUCGGGCAAGUAUUGCAGACUGUCUUGUGUAGCCACAUGAUAUGUUUCAGAAUGUUUAAAUAAACAGUUCUGAUUGAAAAUGAUGUGUAUUGUGUGAUGUAAUGGUUUACAUGUAUUUCAUCUUACGUUAUUUGUUGCCUUUAGCUGCAUAUAUUUAAUGUACACUUGUAAGGAAAUGUGUUUGUUAUGUAUGGCCUCAUGCUUUAAAUUAAUUUGAAAAACCAUUUUAAUUGUCUGCUUGUAAUGAAUUAUUAAAUUUUGUAAAUAUUGCCAAUAUACUUUACAUUGAAAAUAGUCGUCUACACCUAGUCGAAAAAUGAAUUAUUUUGUUAUGAAUCGCAACUUGUAUUGUUUGUUUUAAUUUUUUCUCCUUGUGAGAUAUGUUGAUGCUGCUUUGAUCAGAAGAAUUCAUCUGAUUUCUUCAUCAAGGAUAUGUGUUGCCAAACCCUUGAAUGGCAUAUAACUCAAAAUAUGUGCAUGUGUGCCUGUAAUGUGAAGUAACGACAUUGUGUGCGCCUCAUGUGGUCCUAUUACUGCCAAUGUCUGUCUUCAACUUCUGCACCACAGAAGUUCACAAUGUAAUAGUAGUCACUUCAGUGAUAUGUGUGUUUGUGCAAUAUAAGUAUUGUACUGUGUGGCAGCUACUGUUUUCCUGCCAUUUUAAAUGUAGUUUUUGUGUGCUGGAAAAUCGAAGAUCUGAAAAUUUCUGAGAAAUUAAAUAAAGAUAUUCUAGCUUUGUGUACCCAAUACAUGAAAGUGGUAAUUUGUUUUAUUUGUAUUUCUUUCUUUCCAAUAUUCUGCAAAUUUGGUUUUGUUAUUUCUUUUAAUAUGUGGGUUAUACAGAUGGUGCCAUUUAUCAUACAAUCCACUCAAAGUAGGCAAUUGUCAUCGCACAUCCAUAUGGCAGUAGAAAGGGAAGAUGUUGCACCAUGUCAUGCACAAUUUGUGUUGAUAAUACUGCAAGAAUGGCUUCGUCAGAUGUUGGCCGCUGUAGCUCCUUUUAAUCAGGGUAUUUUAGCUCCUGCUCUUCGUUUUGAUCAACAAUUUCAGAGUUUUGUGAAUGCACUGUCUCUUCUAAGUACACAUUUGUAAAACUUGAGAAUCAUUUGUCACCAGAAAGUGUAAAUCAGCUCUAAGCUAAGACAAUGUUUAGGGCACACUUUUGAUUCCUUGGAUAGAAGAUGUGAGUGCUCUAUUGAUAUUAAAGCUGUAUAUAUUAUUCAUUGUUUCCAUGAAUUGGAUUUUAUUAGAUAUUAGGUCAGACUUCAUAUUAGGUAAUUCACUUGGUGUACAUUCAGCAUUGUGGAUGGGAGCCAUAAAAAUGUAUUGUGAAUUAUUUCUGUAUGUUUUGCUUACAAAACAAUAUAAUAUCCAACUAUACGGAAGGCCUUUGUUCUUCUAGAAAAGUAAAAUAAAAUAAUUUUCAGUUACAUUCUCAUAAAUUAGUGUCGUUCUCAAUGUCUGAUCAACAAAUAUUUGGGAGGUUGUGGAAUUUUCAUUACUGAGGUGUGCAAAUAAAA